CUGCUGCUGCUGCUACCCGGGAGGGGUCGCCUGUGGGCCUCCCCCCCCCUCAGCGCCUCGCCAUGUCCGCCAGCGCCGUCUACGUGCUGGACCUCAAAGGGAAGGUCCUCAUCUGCAGGAAUUACCGCGGGGAUGUCGACAUGUCGGAAGUGGAGCAUUUUAUGCCGAUCCUCAUGGAGAAGGAAGAGGAAGGGACUCUGUCUCCCAUCCUGGCCCACGGAGGCGUCCGGUUUAUGUGGAUCAAACACAACAACUUAUAUCUGGUUGCCACCUCUAAGAAGAACGCCUGUGUCUCUCUGGUGUUUUCCUUCCUCUACAAGGUUGUUCAGGUGUUUUCCGAGUAUUUCAAAGAGCUGGAGGAAGAGAGCAUCCGGGACAACUUUGUGAUCAUUUACGAACUCUUGGACGAGCUGAUGGAUUUUGGAUACCCUCAGACCACGGACAGCAAAAUUUUGCAAGAGUACAUAACCCAAGAAGGUCACAAGCUGGAGACUGGGGCUCCGCGCCCUCCAGCCACCGUCACCAACGCCGUGUCUUGGCGUUCGGAAGGGAUCAAGUACCGGAAAAACGAGGUCUUCCUGGACGUCAUCGAAUCGGUGAACCUCUUGGUGAGCGCUAACGGGAACGUUCUGCGCAGCGAGAUCGUGGGCUCCAUCAAAAUGAGGGUCUUCCUCUCCGGAAUGCCGGAGCUCCGCCUGGGUUUAAAUGACAAAGUCCUCUUCGACAACACUGGCCGAGGCAAAAGCAAAUCUGUGGAACUGGAGGAUGUGAAGUUCCACCAGUGCGUCCGCCUCUCUCGCUUCGAAAACGACAGGACUAUUUCGUUCAUCCCGCCCGAUGGGGAGUUUGAGCUCAUGUCUUAUCGCCUGAACACUCACGUGAAACCCCUGAUCUGGAUCGAGUCGGUCAUAGAAAAGCAUUCCCAUAGCCGCAUAGAGUAUAUGAUCAAGGCCAAAAGCCAGUUCAAGCGGAGGUCCACGGCCAACAACGUGGAGAUCCACAUCCCUGUGCCGAACGACGCGGACUCGCCAAAGUUCAAAACCACCGUCGGGAGCGUGAAGUGGGUGCCCGAGAGCAGCGCCAUCGUCUGGUCGGUCAAGUCUUUCCCGGGAGGGAAGGAGUACCUGAUGCGCGCUCACUUUGGCCUGCCCAGCGUGGAAGCAGAGGAUAAAGAAGGGAAGCCGCCCAUCAGCGUCAAGUUCGAAAUCCCGUAUUUCACCACUUCCGGCAUCCAGGUACGCUACUUGAAGAUCAUUGAGAAGAGCGGCUACCAGGCCCUGCCUUGGGUCCGCUACAUCACACAGAACGGAGAUUAUCAACUCCGGACGCAGUAAGGGCCGCCUGAACAGCCACGACCGAGGAAACAGCGCAUCUUCCAGUUCAGAAACGCGUUUGGUGCUCGGAAGGGGGUCCUCUGGGGGUGGGGAAGGUUUGGCCGGCUGGAAGCGGGACCUAGGCCGAGUCCCAAAUCCGGCAGCCUUCGGCACGGACCUUGUGAAUGUGUGUUUUGUUUCUCUUGUUCAGUGUUAAUCGUGUUUAGGAGUUAGCUGUUGCCCUGAGAGAGAGAGCCGACCUCAGGAAAACCCUGGCCAGUCUUAUUUCCGCGCUUCAGAAGCCUGAGCAGCGCUUGCGGCCCCCUUCCCGGAGCCGCUUCCCAGUAUUAGCCAAGCCCUUCUUGCCAGAGAAACGCUUGCUUGACCUCUGCAGACGCCCCUCGAAGCCCCCCCCCCACUUAUUAGCGCAGGCCUCUUUUGCCAACCAAUUCGGAACGGAGGCUCCGAACGACGUGCCGCUUGCAGAAAACCUGCUCUCUCUCUCCUUCCCACGAGGGCAGGGGAUACAAAGCGGGUGGAUUGAGCAGAUUUACACGGAUUCUGGAGAAUAAGGGCACCCGAUUCCUGCAGUUUUCACGAGCAGCAGCUGAGCUGGCAAAUCCUUGCCCGGACUGAGCCGCUCGUGGGGGGCGGUCUCGUGUGAUGGGGUGCUGCUUGGUAGUAGAAAAGUCCUCGCAUCUGGAAAAUGAGCCUCAUUUUCGGGUGGGGGGCGGCGGCAAAGCUUCCUCUCCAUGUUUUGCCGUGGUGUCUGGCGCUGCUGAUGAAAAGGCGGCAAUCGGGUCUCCCAGCAGAAGAAGCGGGCGCACAGAGUUCUUGCGAGCGCCUGAAUUCUAACGGGGUUUGUAGAAAAUUGGAUGGAUGUUGAUGCUUUUCUCUCCCCCCCCCCAAGCUCCAUCUGCUCCUGAGCUGUUUGCCUUCGCUCAGUGACUAGUCGGACUUUGCUGUUUAGGAACCACAUCUCUCUCUUCCCCCCCCCCCAAAAAAAGUUAGCGUUCCCUUUCUUUCGUUCCGCCUCCUUCCCUUCCCCGGAGCUCUGGCUCGAAACGUCUGAAGUGCCGGCAAUCCAGUGUUCGAGUUUGCCUUUCCCAAGAGUAAAUAAAGCCAAGUUUUGGGUCUCCUCGCCUUCCUUUAGUGUGUCGGAGCCAUAGGGAAAGCUGCCUGGCAUCCCGUUGUGGAAGCGGGUUGCAUGUAAAGGUUUCCUUCGACAGACUGGCUCGGGGUGACGUUUGGGGCCGGGUUAGGGUUAGCUGCUGAAGCUAGGUUGAAGACACGGGACCACCGCUGCCCCCUCCUUGCCCCCAGCCGCCGGAAACGCCACCAGGCAAGCAAACCAGCGUUCCUGCCGAAAAGGCCACUGUUAACUUGUUGCCGAAAAGCCUGUUUCAAAUAAAUUGAGCUUCUCUUGAUCAGUAUUUGGGCUGGAAA